AACAGGGUCUAUAAAAUGGGUAUAUUAAGUGCGUAUUAGUUACAUGACUAAGUCUAUUUUGUCGUUACAACAAUUUAAUUUUUGAAAUUUAUUAUUCGUAUGUAAUUUAAAUUUGUUAAAUGAAUUUUGAAACUGUUCAAACACUUGUAUUUGGAUAAACUAAACUAGAGAGAAGAAAUGUCAUCGAAGUUAUGAGAGAAGAGUGUAUAUAAUUAUUAAGAAGGUAUUAAAAUGGAUAUUGCAGAGCAAUCUAAAAAUAUAGAAGAAAAUGAAAAGUUUUUUGCGGAAUUUUUAUGCGAGUCUCAAAAAAAUGAUUAUAGUAAUCAAACAACUGAAUUGUUUCCUGAAUAUAACAAAAUGAAUGAAACAAUUGCUCCUGACAAAUAUAAACGUUGUGUACCGAUUAUUCGAGAUUGGUCUCCAGUUAUAUGUCGAGAAGUAGAUAACCAUCUUAUUCAAUCUGUCAUCACUAUGAAGUAUUUGUAUGAAACCGUUGAAGCGCGUAUCGAUUCCGGUUACAGUACAAUAGACAUUCAAAAGGGUUUGCAGAACGAAAAUAAAAAGUUGUCAGAAUCUAUGUCUUCUUCCAUUUGGAGUGCUUUAAAUUAUAUUGAGUGUACAUUGUUCGAUGAAUCGAAACUAAUGAUAACUGUAGUCAACUGGCACACUGAAAACAAUCUUAUUAAAUACUUCAUUGAUAUAAUAGCUCAAAUCGCCAAAAGUGAUGGAUUUACUUUAAUUUGUCGUGAUUUUGUCACAGAAUUCACUCAGAAAACGGCAAUAACAAUUUUAGAAGAACAUCAUAAAUACAGUUCUGUACUGGUGGAAUACCAAUGCAAUCUUUUGGCAAAAUUUUGUUUUGACAAGUAUAUAAGAUGGAAUAUUAUAAGUUUACUUAUUAAUCGCCUUAAAUUUGAAACUCCCGUUAUUUCUAGUCCUAGUUCUUUUCGUACUAUUUUCUAUACGUUUCAUAUGAUAGAAAAACUAGUUCUGAGUUCUGAUUUUGCUUUUAAUUCACAAAAAUGUUUAAAUAAAAAUUCAGUAACAGAUCUCUGGAAAAUUAAUCACGAUGUCAAACACGACUAUGACAAUGAAAAAUUUAACAGCAUAAUAGAAGAAUGUAUAAAUAUUUUAAAAUUUAUUUCUGUAGAAGCUUUAAAAAACAACGUGUUUUUAUUAAGUAUUAGAGCUAAUCAGUGUUUAGAAGAAAUACAAUCAAUAAUAAAUAAAAAUCCAGACAUUUCCAAAGUAAUUCCAGAACAGUAGGAAAACAACGAUAGAUUACGUAAGUCUUACCUUAGGCAUGAUUCCAGUAUCUUUUCUCAACGAAACGCCUGCAACGAACCAAAAACAAUUUGAAAGGGUAAAGCGUUUCUCCUGAUGUAUUUCCUCGGAAUGAGGUCGCCAUUCAUAUGGUGAAAAUCUUGCCAAAAAGAACAUUGAUAAACUGACUACCAAGUAUGCUAGGACCAUAAAACCCCAAACACUAUUUGCCAGAGGAUUUAAAAAAGCAAACAGUUUAGACGGUUCAUUGGUUGGGAUCUGAGAAAAUAAUAAAAUUGUACUCGGAUGUAUUUUUGGGUCUUUAACUAAAAGAUUCUAAAAAGAAAUCAAGUAAAUUAUCACUUAGGAAUGAAGCGAUGAAAAACAAUAAAAAAUCUAGCGCCGAAAUAGCAGAUCUAUUAGAUCUUCUUGAUCUAUGAAUCUAAGAAGAAUAACAUGAUCAGUCUCCAACUUUAUUUCAGAAUAUAGCUGUAGAUUGAAAAAGAAUAAUUUAUCUGAAUAUAUGUCGGAGGACACACACCCAAAAGAAACUAAAGUCCUAAUAUAGUAGAUUUUUUUGAAUUUUAUUUCGCUAAAAGUAUUUAAGUUUGAAAAUAGAUAAAAUUAUUAAUUUUAAAUUCAGAAAGUUAAUUCGCAAGAAUUAAUGUGUUAUAUAAUUUGAAAUUGAAUAAAUCCUUAACUUUUCGACAA